AUGGCGCGUGUACUGAUGGCGGCGGCCGCCGCGGCGGCUGCCAACGCCGUAGGGCUUUUUUCCAGACUCCAAGCUCCAGUACCAACACCAAGGACUUUUUCCAUGUCGCAGGUUUCUCAUCAUGUGGCAGGUCCUUCAUGGAACCUGGGUCGACUUAAUCAUGUAGCCAUAGCAGUACCAGAUUUGGAAAAGGCCUCAGUGUUUUAUAAGAAUGUUCUGGGAGCCCAAGUAAGUGAGGCAGUCCCUAUUCCUGAACAUGGAGUAUCUGUUAUUUUUGUCAAUUUGGGAAAUACCAAGAUAGAACUGCUUCAUCCAUUGGGAGACGACAGCCCAAUUGCAGGUUUUCUGCAGAAAAACAAGGCUGGAGGAAUGCAUCACAUCUGCAUUGAGGUGGAUAAUAUAAAUGCAGCUUUGAUGGAUUUGAAAGAAAGGAAGAUCCGUUGUCUAAGUAAAGAAGCCAAAAUAGGUGCACAUGGAAAACCAGUGAUUUUUCUCCAUCCUCAAGACUGUGGUGGAGUCCUUGUGGAACUGGAACAAGCUUGAUUUAUAUUAGUAAGAAAUGAAGUUGAUUGAUCUGAAGAAGCCUUAACAAACACUAUCAAAAUGUACUAUGGCAGAGUCCUCUGCUUUCAUCACUUAAAAGUUCCAAGUUAUAAUACUGAAUGACCUCUCACAGAAACAAAGAUCCGAGUAUCACAUGUUCUCA